GAGGUUUGAGGCUUUGCCGCUAAGAGAAAGUUGACAGACAGACCUAAUAGGAGACAUGACAACUUCAAGAUAGGGAAGACGGGAUAAAGUGCGACAUCACAAGGAAGCUGUAGAGGCACUGGAGAUCCCAGGUUUCCUCUGGCGGACCCUGCCCUCAGACAUGAACAAUCGCUCCAUCGCUUGGUGGCUGAGCCAGAUAGGCCUACCCCAGUACACCAAGACCCUGGAGAGGGAAUAUUAUGGACUGGAGGGUUUGUUGAAUGUGAACGACAACGAGCUGAAAGAAGCCGGGAUCGAGGACGCCGCACACAGAGAAACCAUCCUCUGUCAGCUUUUACGUCACCAGCAGAAACUGGACCCCCGCUGCGGCGCGCAAAUGGAGCGCAGGGUGAGCCGGAAGUACUCUCUGGGAUCGUCAAUUGAUUUGGUGAAGCCAAGGAAGGAUGUGUUUCGCCAGAGCGUCCUGCCCCGCCUCCAUCGCGCCGACAAAAAACACCGCCUCUCCGCGUCCUGCUCACAGCUCCGCCCCCUGGAUGAGGACCACGCUUCCGGCGCAGCGGACGGCUGUCAGGAGAGCAAGCGCAGCAAGAGGAGGAGUGUCGCUGCAUACCUGAGCCAGCUGAAGGUGUUUGGCAGUCGCAAGGAAAUGGACUCCCUGAAGAAGGAGCUGGAGGAAGAGCUCAAGCUCAGCACCGAGGACCCCAGGAGCCACGCCUGGUACCACGGGCCCCUGACCCGAGAGGGUGCUGAGGCUCUCUUUGAAAGAGACGGAGACUUCCUGGUCCGAGAUUCCAGCUCGUCGCAGGGUGAUUACGUCCUCAGCUGUUUCUGGAGGGACGAACCCAUGCACUUUAAGAUCAUACGUGUGGUCCUGCGACCCAAAGAGGGUUACUCUCGGGAGCUGUUCCAGUUCGAGGAGGAUCGCUUCGACAACGUCCCCGCUCUCAUCCGCUUCUACGUGGGUGGGCGGCGGCCUAUCUCUCAGGCAUCGGGCGCCAUCGUUUUCCACCCCCUCAACAGGACGACUCCCCUGCGCGUCAUCGCCGAGCGGCAAGAGGCCGAGAGUAAAGCGGACGGCGGCCCCGCGGGAGCGAAGUCCCAACCGGAGCGCAGGAAGCGUCUGAGCUUCAGCAGCACCCUAAACGACUCCCUGAUGGUCAACCCUCUGCUGAGGAGUGGAAGUCAGCCCGCCAACAUGGAGGAUGUCGGAUGGAGGCCUUUGCUCCAGACGACCCAGUCUGAUAGCAACCUGAGAACUGGUGCCUCAACAUGGCCUCCACUCACAGGGACGGACAAAAGUGCGCCGCAGAACACAAAGCCACAGGCCACGGGCCCCGCCCCUAUCUCCCCAGUGUUCCGCACAGGAAGUGAACCGCUACUCAGCCCAAAGCCAUGGCAAACACGGCCCUGUUAUCCGGGCGGCGGCGUGACAUUGCGAGGCUCUGACGGGCAGCUUCACUCCAGAGCGCCACCGAAACCUCUCAGGAUCUCUGCCAUCUUCCCCAAAAACCUCUGUCCCCCUCCGCCGUCGGACCGGGACCAGGACCCGUCGGCUUUCUACGACGAGCUGGUGGUUCAGGUGCCUCGGUCUCGGCGGAAAGGUCACGUGGACCGACUCAAAGCGGAGGAGAAGUGGCAGAGCCGGGCGAGGAUCACAGAGACCUCGUUUGGCUUCCUGGAGGCCGACAACAACGAGGCCGUGUCACGUCUGCUCCCGGACAAGGACCGCUUUGAACCUCCACAGAUGGAGAGCAGCUCGUGCUUCCGGUUGGACCGGUUUGAGUCGCUGCUGUUGCCGGACAACAACCGACCGCUGGAGCCCAGCGUCUUGCUGGCCCUGAAAGAACUCUUCAACCGCUCGGACCCCAAAACCACCGCCCUGCACAUGCUCAGCGUGGACUGCCAGGUGGCCCGUAUUGUGGGAGUGACGGACGAGCAGAGGAGGAUUAUGGGAGUGGGGUCGGGCCUGGAGCUCGUCACCCUGCCUCACGGGCGCCAGUUACGGCAAGACCUGCUGGAGAGGCAUCACCUGAUAGCGCUGGGCGUGGCCGUGGACAUCCUGGGCUGCACCGGCACCGUGAGCCAGAGGGCGACCGUCUUGCACAAGUUCAUCCUGCUGGCCCAGGCUCUGAAAGACCACGCCCACAACCUGUACGCCUUCUCCGCCUUCAUGAAGGCCCUGGAGAUGCCUCAGGUGCUGCGGCUGGAGAUGACGUGGCGGGCGCUGAGGAGGAACCACACGGAGAGCGCCAUCCUGUUUGAGAAGACCCUCAAGCCCUUCAUGAAGUCGCUGGUCGAGCGGGACGACUCGGUGGUUGGAGGUCCCGUGGCCGUUCCUCACCUGGUUCCUCUGCUGAUGCUCAUGGAGGGCGAGGACCCCGUGGAGAACAGCGAGCGAGGCUGUCAGCUCCUCUACGACGUCCUCCAGAGCGCUCGCCACACCGCGCUGCACGCCCGCGACCACCAGCAGCACGCACACACUCUGCUCACAGCAGGGUGGACGCCCAUCCCCGAGAUGUUGGAGGCGCUACGCACCGAGUUCGCCCUGCGCCUCUUCUGGGGUCAGGCGGGGGCGCAGGCCGACAGGAAGGAGCGCUACGACAAGUUCGACAAAAUUCUUUGCGUGCUCUCGGACAAACUGGAGCCCGUGGAGAUCAGCGCCAAGCAGCCCCAACAACUCUCCUGAUCCAAAAUCUCACGUCCAAAGCCAAAACCCAGUAACUCAAUUUUGGAGUUCCUAGCUGACAUGCUUUACAUUAGUGUAUGCGAUAUUGUAAUUUGUUCCGUAAGUAAGCUGUUACGCGCAUGGCAGGACCUAGCAACUACCACAUAACCGCGUAGAUACAACAGAAAAACCUAGUAUCUCAAGGGACCAAUCGGAGCUUCUCUGUCAGUCGCCUUAUUGUCUUUAAUGAGACAUUUGCACGAAUGGGGGCCGACCGUCAACCUGAUUAUGUGAUAUUAUGGCACGAGGGGAUAUUUGGAAGAUUGGCCCAGGACGCUGCAAACACCUUCAGUAAAUGUAUUGUUCUUGAUUCUUCCCCAUGCAUACUCUUUUGGGCAGAUAACUGUGGAGGUCCAAAUAAAAACUGGACGCUCUACACGGCUCUUGCCCGUUGUGCAAACGCAGAAUGGGGCCCACCCGAGAUUGUGAUAAAAUAUCUGGAGAAAGGGCACACGUUCAUGAGAGCAAAUUCAAUCCAUGGCUCAAUCGGCAAGAAAAUGAAAGCUCAAGAAAACAUCUAUAUGUUUGAUGACUUUGUAGAUCUUUGUAAGACAGCAUCGAGAUAGAUUGGUUUUCCUUUGUUUUCUCCAAAUCAGGUGGAAGUGAGUUACUAGGUUUUGCCUUUGGACGGGAGAAAUGUGACGUGGAAGAAAAGCGAGCAGGUGUGGAUGCCAGUGCACGCAAGACAAGACAUGAACAACACUGGAUUAUUAUUAUUAUUACUACUACUACAUCUCCAUCUUUUGUUGCACCUCCAUUCGCUCCUCAGGUUGGCGGUAAAACCACACCUUCUACCUCGUUUGCAAAGACCAACCACUGAAAAACUUUUUUUUUUCUUAAAAGCACGGUGGACUAGUGGCUAACAUGUCUGCUUCGCAGUCAGAAGAUUAGGGUUCAAACGUACGCCUACAUUCCUAAAACAUGUGUAAUAAUUGUAAAUAAUAAAAGUCCUGCUGAUGACAGUCCUGAGUGUCCGCUCUCUCUGCCCUCUGCUGGGAUAGGCUCCAGCUUUUAGGGAGGGGUUGGAACACGAUGCUGGAUGUGGACCACCUUGACACCCCCCCCCCCCCCCCCCCCCCCUUUUGGGAGUAAUACAACAACACUGACAUUUAUUGCUGCCGUUCCCAUUUUUAAGUUAUUGUAAAUGACAUUUCCUGAGCAGUUUCGUCACCCAGACCCCCACCUUGUCCUCAAUAAAUGUUAGUGCUGCAACAUUU